AUGCUCUCCAAUUUUAUUAAAGCUCGCUUUCUGAGGCGUUUAAUGCCUAAAUCCACAAAUUGUAUCGCAACAGCGCGUAUACACAGUAAACCAUCCCAGCUUGACACACAAACCAUAACGAUAAAAUUAAAAAUCAAAAAGCAGAAUAGCGUCGAUAAACACGUGGAAUUCUGCGAAAAACUCGGGAUAACAUUUUCAGAUAAAAAUUUAAUACACCAAGUUUGUACACAUAAGUCAGUUAGGUCUAAUACAGCGCCUACAAAUGAGCGGUUGGAUUUUUUGGGACAAAAAGUCAUAUCACUUUACGCAACUGAAUACCUAUUUAAUCAAGUGAAGCCUUCAGAAUUACAUGAUCAUGUUUAUUUAUACACAAAAAGAUCCUUAAAUAUUGGUAAAAUUGUAAUUGAAGCAGAAAAAAAUGGACAAAAUUUACAAAGUUCAGGAGAAGAAAGUGUUACCGGUAGAGCACUUCAGGCACUUGUUGGAGCAAUAUAUCAUGAUCAGGGCGCAUACGCGGCAAAGCAAUUUGUCCAUAAACAUAUAUUAUCGGCGCCUAUGGAACUUAG